AUGGUUGGAAUGGAGGUGGACAAAUACACUGCUCGUUUUCACGAGCUUGCCAAGUUAGUACCUCAUAUGGUCACUCCGGAAGAGAAACAAAUUGAUCGGUACAUCUGGGGAUUGGCACCUGAAAUUCGAGGGAUGGUCAUGUCGGCAAACCCAACCAUUAUACAAAAGGCGGUGGUUUUGGCAAACCGUCUGACCAAUGAUGCAGUUAUAUCAGGAAUUUUAAAGCAAGACAAAUUUGGUGGAAAGAAGAAACCAGAGGGGCAAUCGUGGAAAAGGUCCAACAACAAUUUAGGGGCCUAUCUUAUAUGUGGCAAAUGUAAUCGGUUGGGUCAUAUCACCAAGUACUGUAGAGGGGAAAAGGAAAUCAAGGACGGAAUAAGAGUAAGGCAAGCCAGUCAAGGAAAUCAAGGAGGCCAGGCUCGGAGAAGGGCAUUCGCAAUAGGAGGCGAAGAGGCACGUCAAGACCCUAAUGUUGUGACAGGUACGUUUCUUUUAAACAACCUCUAUGCCUCAGUAAUAUUUGACUCCGGAGCAGAUAGAAGUUUUGUUUCCCUAGAAUUUAGGCAGUUGAUAAAUCUGAAAUCGAGGAAGUUGAAAGAUGUUUACACUAUCGAAUUUGCCAAUGGCCAAGAAAUAAAGGCUAGGGACGUAAUAUUGGGUUGUACUUUAAAUCUAGCUGAUAAGUUAUUUAGUAUUGAUCUUAUUCCAAUUAAAUUGGGAAGUUUCGAUGUAGUGGUAGGAAUGGACUGGUUGUCUAAGAAUCGAGCGGAGAUUUGUUGCUUUGAGAGGAUUGUACGAAUACCUUUCCAAGAUGGAGAAACCUUUUCUAUACAAGGGGAAAAACCCGGAAGGAGUUUAAAGAUGGUAUCAUGUGUGAAGAUUUGCAUGUAUAUGAGGAAGAAGUGUGUUGCAUUCUUGGCUCAUGUAUCAGAAAGGAAAUCUGAGGAAAAGCAGAUUCAGGAUAUUCCUGUGGUGAGAAAUUAUCCAGAAGUAUUUCCGGAUGAUUUGUCUGGACUUCCUCCAUAUAGACAGGUCGAAUUCCGAAUUGACCUAGUUCCCGGGGCGGUUCCUGUUGCUAAAGCUCCAUAUCACUUAGCACUGGCUGAGAUGCAAGAGCUGUCAGGUCAACUUCAGGAACUUCUGGACAAAGGAUUCAUCCUGCCAAGCUCUUCACCUUAG